AUGGUCCAAAACUUCACCCUCGUAGCCGUCAAACCCGGCUCCCCCAUCGACAACAGCCCCAUCACCGCCUCCCAUUCCGGGCUGCACCUCAAAUCCCACGACCAGCCCGCCACCUUCCAGCUCAAAAACGACGAGCUCUUCCUCUACGCCGACCCGCCCAGCCAGAAGCUCUACACCGACCGCUCCGGCAUGGGCCAGGGCAUCCUGCAGUACACCCACGACGCGCAGCAGGCCUCGACCCUCAACCCCAACCGCAUCGAGCAGAGCGGCUGGGCCGUCGAUGCAGGCGGGAAGCUGCAGCUGAGGGGCGCGCAUUUCCUCGCCACGCCGCCGAGCGGCGGGAGUGGUGGGGCAGACUGGCGCGUCUGGAUGAAUACCGGGAAUCCGAACCCCGCGGGGCAGACGGGGGGCGUCGAGUUUGAGGCCAAGGUCGUGGCGGUGGGACAUCCGGUUGGGAAGCAUUAUUCGAAUUUGUAG